CGUGAUUUGUCAGUUUGGCCCACUACCACUAGCUUCAUAAAUUUUAUUUCAUUUUUGUCUGCUAGUAAUCAUUAUGAAACAUUGUGAUCUUGGUCCAUGAUUCGACCUAUAAGAUAAUUUAUUAUAUAAGAACAAUCAAGCAAAUCUGUUUCUCAUCCAAAUCUCAAGGAUCUUUCCGCAUGGGUUCUCUCGAUUUACCUCACGUAUCAUCGUUCAAGGGAGGAAGCGAAAUAUUUCUUAGGAACGUGUUUGAGAAUAUACUGAAGACGUAUUUGAGGAAGAACCCGACCGCGAAGACGAUAUGGGAGCUCGUUCAGUCCGUGGACAAUGAGAAGAUCUGCUAUGACCACUUUACUUUCAGGACACUUAAGGUAGAUGGAUAUGGAAUAGAUUCCUUAUCGAGUUUUUUCAUGGAUUAUGGAUAUAAAAUUGGAGGCGGACUUGAUUUUCCUAAGAAGAAACUGCGAGUUCUCUGGUUUUCUCCACCGGAUGCUCAAGCCCCAAAUGACGGUCACGGUCUAGCCAAUGGUCCUUUGCCACGACUUGUUAUAGCUGAGGUUCUUGUGGACAAACUAAGCCUUGAAUCACAGGGGAUAAUAACGAAGUAUUUGAAACCACUAGGUGGUAAACAAGCCGUUCUUUCAAGUACUUUAGGGUCUUUAAUUUGGGAGAAGCCUACAUGGGCCGACUUCACGCAGCUUGCCAAAGAAAGCGAAUUUGCGGCAUGGACACUUAUCCACGGCUAUACAAUGAACCAUCUCGCUUUUGCGGUUCAUCGAUUUAAACACCGUUUCAACGACAUUAAAUAUGUCAAAGAAUAUCUUGAAGAAAAGGGAUUCAAACUCAACAGUGACGGAGGAAUUCUCAAAGUGAGUCAAGAUGGUCUACUGAUACAAAUCUCAUCCAUCUCGGAAAGGCUUGCGGUUGAAUUUGCUGAUGGAGUAACUGAAAUAAUCCCGGCUUCGUACAUUGAGUUCACGCAACGUUUAGCUCUUCCACAGUUCAAAGAUAUGCCGAGUGAUGAGAUCAAAGAAUAUCACAGACGUGAGGCCUUUGAACUCGAUAGUGCCAACCACGUAAUGGAAAGCACACGUUUUGCAGCACAAUUCUAGAACUAAAGUUGUUGUGUUCGGCUCAGUGUGUCAAAUUUGUGCGUGUAUGUGCUUGUAUGCAAUAUGUUCAAAUGUGUGUGUGUGUGUGCGCUUUUCUAGAUCCUUAUGUUGUUCUUUUCUUUUGGAGUGAAAAUUACUUUUAUAUAUAACAUCUCGUGAUAGUUAUAUAUUAUUGAUAAGCGUGCCAGUUUGUACAAUGAAUCACAUGGUUCAUGAAUAUGGUUUGUAAUA